CAAUUGGAAUUCCAUUUACAAAAGCCAUGCGUAUUUGCGUUGAGUUGUUGUGAGUGAUGGACGUUUUGAUUCUCACAUAGCCCUCUUCCACAUGCUCCAUCUUCUUGUUCUUCCUCUGCCUUCGCACGAUUCACAGUCACAGCAGAGAAGAAAAUAAAGCAAAUCAGUAAAGUGCUCAUGCUCAUGCUCAUGCUCUUUCUUUGCUUUACCACACCUCUCUCAUUCUAACGCUCCUCACACACCACUCUCUUUCUUUCUCUCCCUUUUACUUUUUCCACUACUCCUUUAUUUUCUCUCUGAACCAAAACCCAACCCUUCCAUUCUCAUCAUCAUUAUGCCUCUCAACUUUCUCCUCCUCCUCCUCUUUCUCCUUAUCUCAUUCCUCUCCCACCAACCUCUCUCUUCCGCUUCCGCACCUCGCAACCCCGAAGUGGAAGCUUUGAUGAGUAUAAAAGAUUCUCUCAACGAUCCUCACGGUGCGUUAAGCAACUGGGACGAAUUCUCCGUGGACCCUUGCAGCUGGUCCAUGAUUACUUGCUCUUCCGACUCUUUAGUUAUCGGCCUCGGAGCUCCCAGUCAAUCACUCUCCGGGAUUUUGUCUUCCGCAAUUGGAAAUUUAACUAAUCUUAAACAAGUGUUACUGCAGAAUAACAACAUCUCAGGGAAAAUACCACCGGAACUUGGAUAUCUUCCCAAGCUUCAGACUUUAGAUCUUUCAAGUAACAGUUUCUCUGGGUUCAUUCCACCUUCUCUCAGUCAAUUGAAUAGUCUCAAGUACCUGAGGCUGAACAACAAUAGUUUGUCUGGACCCUUUCCUGUUUCGCUGGACAAAAUUACACAACUUACUUUCUUGGACUUGUCUUAUAACAAUCUCAGUGGACCAUUGCCCAAGUUUCCAGCCAGGUCAUUUAAUAUUGUUGGAAACCCGUUAAUUUGUAUAAGCAAAUCUAUUGAAGGCUGCUCUGGAACAGUCACCCUUAUGCCUGUUCCUUUCUCACAAGUAUCAUCACAAGGAAAACACAAGUCCAAAAAACUGGCAAUUGCUCUUGGGGUCAGCUUUAGUUGUGUUUUUCUCUUAAUCGUGUGUUUGGGGCUCUUUUGGUAUAGAAAGAAAAGACAGCAUGGAGCCAUCUUGUAUAUUGGUGAUUAUAAAGAGGAGGCUGUUGUUAGCUUAGGGAAUCUUAAAAGUUUUGGUUUCAGAGAGCUCCAACAUGCAACGGAUAGUUUCAGCUCUAAGAGUAUACUCGGUGCUGGAGGUUUUGGCAAUGUUUAUAGGGGGAAGCUUGGAGAUGGUACAAUGGUGGCGGUGAAAAGACUGAAAGAUGUAAAUGGUAGUGCUGGUGAGUUACAGUUCCAAACAGAAUUGGAAAUGAUCAGCUUGGCAGUUCACCGUAAUUUACUUCGCUUAAUUGGAUAUUGUGCUACUCCCACCGAAAAACUUCUGGUUUACCCUUACAUGUCUAAUGGAAGUGUGGCCUCCAGGCUUAGAGGAAAACCAGCUUUAGAUUGGAACACAAGAAAGAGGAUAGCAAUUGGAGCUGCUAGGGGCCUUCUGUACCUUCAUGAGCAAUGUGAUCCAAAGAUAAUACACAGAGAUGUAAAGGCUGCCAACGUGCUCCUGGAUGACGAUUACGAGGCUAUUGUUGGUGAUUUUGGCCUUGCAAAGCUUCUCGAUCAUGCUGAUUCCCAUGUCACCACUGCAGUCCGUGGCACUGUCGGGCACAUUGCGCCGGAGUACCUCUCCACUGGCCAAUCAUCUGAGAAAACUGAUGUGUUUGGAUUCGGCAUUCUCUUGUUAGAGCUUAUAACUGGAAUGACAGCUCUUGAGUUCGGGAAAACCUUGAAUCAAAAAGGUGCUAUGCUUGAGUGGGUUAGGAAAAUACAGCAAGAAAAAAAGGUUGAAGUGUUGGUGGACAAAGAACUAGGGAGCAACUAUGAUAGGAUAGAGGUUGGGGAGAUGCUGCAAGUAGCUCUACUUUGCACUCAAUAUUUGACAGCUCACCGUCCGAAAAUGUCUGAAGUAGUCCGAAUGCUUGAAGGAGACGGACUUGCUGAGAAAUGGGCAUCAACACAUAAUUACGGUAGCAACUGCUGGAGCCAUAGUCACAGCAACAACAGUAGCAGCAAUAGCUCAUGUCGCCCUAUCUCUACUUCAAAACACGAUGACAAUAUUCAUGACCGAUCCAGCUUGUUUGGCAUGACGAUGGAUGAUGACGAUGAUCAGUCUUUGGAUUCCUAUGCUAUGGAACUCUCUGGUCCUAGAUAAAUUACGAAGUCAAGAACAUUAGUUUUAGUGGGAAGGUACAAAAAAGGAGCAGAAGUUCUUUUGGCCAUAGAAAUCUUUUAACAGGAAAUUUUAUUAUAUUUUGUUUAGUCCAUGAUAUAAUAUAACCAAUGUAUAUAUUCUCUAUUACAAUUUUGUCAUUUUGGAUUGUUGUAGAUAUCAGUAGAGUAUAUGAAAAUGUUCUUGAUGUUGAAACUAGUGAAAAGAAUGAGUGAAGGUCACGGUUUAAGCUUUCA